AUGGGGCAACUGCGCUUAUUUAAAAAUCCAAUUCUUAUUAAAACCAUAAGUGAAUCCACGAUUACCGAAGAAGAAGCAUUACGUUCUAUAAAAAAUUAUACAUCAACUUCAAAAACUGGAUUUGUUUCCGAUCCUGUUAAGAGGAAACAUGAUUCUAUAGAAAGCGUUGUAAGCAAGUUAAUUGAAGGAUAG